UCAGGUGGAGAAAAAGCCGCAGAAGCAGCUGCCUUCUGCGCAUUUUGCCAUGCCACAUGUCACCCGAUGGAGCCGCACCGUCUCUUAGCGUCUCUAUCCAAGCCGUCAGAUCGCCUCUUCCUCUUGCGCGUCGAGGACGACAUCCUGCGCUUUCUCUCCCGCCCGUGGGGUUCCUCUCCCCCAUUCGGCUCCGCCUCCCCUGACGCCUCAGCAAAUCCGCGGAACCCUCCGCCAGGUUCCCCUAACGCCCGCGCGGCUUCGCCUGCAAGCUCCCCCAAUAACAGAGCGCCGCGCGCCGAUAACAGCGCCGCUUUUCCGCCGCUUCCCGAUCGAGCUGGCGGAGCCGGUUCCGUUGCGCGCCAAGGCGGAGCGGGAACCCCUGCGCGGCGGCGCGUGCGGCCAGGCGCGGAGCCGUGGACACGUGGCGGCUCUGCGCGCGCGAGGGGAGAAACGGGGGAAGGAAGCGUCAGGCCGGGGGAAGCGGGGGAAGGAAGCGGCAGGUCGGGGGUGGCUGUAGAUAGUGACACAGCCGCGGGAGGCGCUGGGAAGAAGAUCCGCGCCGAGGUUGAGGCGCGGGCCGAGGGGAGACCAGAGCGGGGGGGAGAAGCCCGGGAAGAGGUGCGGAAAGAGGCGGGGGGAGGGGCGCGGGAAGCGGAAAGUGAGGACGCGCGCGGAUGUGUGCAUGGGGGUGAGGGGGGAGCGGAGGCGCGGAAGGCGCAGGAUGCAGGGGGGUUGGCGGAAUGCAUAGGGGGAGAGGGGGGCGGUGGGAGAAUGGGGUACCAUAGAGAAAGGAGAGAAGGGGAGGACGAAGGGGAGAGAGAAGGGGAGGAGGGAUGGGGGAGUGAGGGAGAUGGGGAGGAGUGUGAAGGAAGGGGGUUGAAUGCACCCCGAGGGGCGGCAUGGGCGGCUGCUGCAGCAGCAGAUGCGCGGGCAGCAAAGGGGAGGGGGGGCAUGGCGCGCAGAAAAGGACAAAAUGGGCUAGUGGCAGGAGAGGAGGGUGGAAGAGAAGCAGACGAAAGGGGGGAGAGAGGGAGGGGAGGGAGGGGAGGGAGGGGAGGGGCCGUGAGAGGAGAGAACAGCGGGGCAGCAGCAGGGGGGUCGUCGAGAAGGGAUGUAACGGUGGGGGGUGCAACAGUAGCUGAUGCAACGGGGAGAGAUGUAACAGCAGGAGGUGUAACGGUAACAGUGGUAACAGGGGAUGCAGCAUCAGAUGUGCUGCUGGUGUUCCCGAAGCUGCGCUCCUACCACCGCCUGCUAGCGCACACUGUGGCUAAGAGGUUCGGCCUCUCCUCCUCCUCCUACCCCCUCUGGAGCAACACCGGCUACAAGCACGUGUGCUGCAACCUCACUAAGGAGCAACUCAUUAGUAGGCUAGCAACAACGGCACACAUGGUUUCAGAGUGGAAAACACACGCUUGCAGCUAUGUGCCUCCACUUCUGCUGUCCGAUUUUAUUCCGGGCAGCACCAGCCGUGAGCGCACGCUUGACCUGGCGACACAGGCCUGCCCGCCGCCAAAACGUUUCUCGCUGCCCAUUACUGUUGCCGGAGGAGGGAGGGGUGGAGGGCAGGGUGGAAGAGGGAGGGAGGGAAGAGGAGGAGAAGGGAAAGGUGAUGAGAUUGCAGAGAGUGAGGGGGGUGGGCUGUCUCCUGUUCCGAAGAGGAAGGGACGGGGAAGGUUCUUGUACCAUGAGAGCGAGAGAAAGGGGGGCGUUGAGAGUUCAGGACGCAACCACUGGAGAAAGGGAGAGGAGAGAGGUGGGACGAGGCAAGGGCAGGGCACGUGGGCAGCAGCAACGAGAGGGGUUGCACGAAGGAACGGUUUCGGAGAGCAUUGGAGGCAUGAGAAGGGAAGAGGGGAGGAAGGGAGGCACUGGGGGGAGAAGGGCGGGUGGGAGGGGGCGAGAGGAGGGGAAGGCAGCAGGGGCUGGGAUAGGUGGGGCGAGGCAAGGGAGGGGCGGCAUCAGAAGGGGAGGGAGGGGAGUGGGUGGGGAGGGAGCGGGGAGGAGUAUGGGGGUGGGGAGAGCAGCAGAGGGAUGACAGCGGCUGAGACAGUGACAGUAGCGGAGGAGGAUUUUGAUGCAGAUGAGGGGCUGGAGGGUGUGACUAUAGCGAGGGCGGUGCAUGACUACAGGAUGUGGCAGGUGGAGGAGGAGAAAGACAGGAGACCUGGUGAGGGCGAGAGGAUGAGACUGCAUCCAGGGAGCAUGGAUGGCUCACAGGGCUUGCGUGACGAUGGUGCAAAGGGCUUGCCUGCAGCCCCUAGGGAGGGUUCUCCUAGCCAAGAGGAUCUGCCAGCCGCCAGCACUCGGCACAUUCUGGUGGUUCGUGCGGACUUAGGUGCUCUUGAGAAGGCAACUGGCAGUCUCAAGGGCGGGACAGGGGCUACUAACGAUAAUGAUCCUGCCUCUGCUCCUUCAAGUGCCGUCGUUGCUGGCUUUGGCAGCGCUGAUGGUAUUGCUUCUGCCGUCACAGCUGCACAGGCGUUACAGGAGAGGUCUGAGUUGCUCCCUGGUGUUUCGCCGCCUAAUGGGUUGCUGCCUGUUGAGUUGCAGCCUGUAGCGCUGGUGCGGAGUGCAGUGGCGGCAGCCACAGGGCUAACGGCAUCUGUAAGGGCAGUGGGAGUUGCAUCAGCAGAGGAGGCAGGGGAGACGGAGGAGGCUGAGGAUGCAGAGGGGACCUUUCUGCUGGUCUUUGCGUCGGUGGAGUUGGCAGGUGCGGCCGAGUGGAGGAUCAGAGAGGCCAGGAGGAGGGCCAGACGGACACAGGACAAGAGGGCAAUUGGCGGUGAGGAGAAGAGAAAGCUGGGCAGAGGUAGUGGGCGGGUUGGCGGCGAGAGGAGAGGAGAUGGGGGCAACUGCCUAGCGACUGGUAGGCACGGGCAGCCUGGUGUUGAAGUGAGUGAGGAGCUGAGCGAUGGCAGCAAGGAUGGUUCUUCCCCAGCGGUUAGUGGCAGCCUCUCACAGCCACACACUGCUGGUUCAGAUGGCGAUAGCAGCAACGCUAAGGCGACUGCGCGUGGAGGGUUGGGUGAAAGCCUGGAUGGGGGUCUGGAUGGAGGUUUUGUGCGAGCUGUGGCGUGCUGCCUGGCGGUGUCCCGCUUUGAGGAGGCGUCGGCUGAUGUGCUGGCAAGCUGCCAUUGGUCGGCUCCUGAGAGGAGGAAGACCCGUGUGGAUGGCGCUGCUGCUGCCCGACUGCUGUCCCGCUCCCUCGUGUGACCCGACUAACAACUUGACCUGAGCUGAUCCCAGCUGCUAUGCUAGCAUGCUACUGUACCGCUAGCUGGUCGGUUCCAAAGCGAAGGAAGCCGCGGGUGGAUGGCGCUGCUGCUGCUCGCCUGUUGUCCCACCCCCUUGUGCGACUAAUCCUUUGUAUUCUGAUCCGGGGCUUGUCAGAUCUCGCCUUGGUGAAAUUUCGCCUGUACGUACACGGGCCUCAUCUGUAGAUCCCUACAAGCACUUAAUUCAGUUUUUUCUUCAAUACCUUUUGGUACCUCGGGUCACCUGCCUUACCGCGUACAAGAAUUUCGGCUCGCCUCCUCAUAAGUUACCAUGCGCCUCUCAUCUC